AGGUACAAAACGGAUAACUGACUCCAUUGUCUAUCGAUAUAUUAUUUCCAGGUGCUGUACUGAAGCAGAAUUUUCUUGGAUAUAUACCGUUUACAUCUGCAUAAUAGGUGUCAGAGCAUUAUUAAGUAAAUAUGGCUUUAUUCAAAGUUUGACACAGCCAAUUCCUAGUAAAUUUCAAAAUAGAUUCAGAUAGUCCUAGCCCGGUAAGUGAGCCUCAACCCUCGUGAAAAUGGAAAUGAGUUUGGAUGAGAUAAUCAAGCAGAACAAGAGCAAGAGGAUAAGAGGUGUUGGCAGACGCGGUGGAUCAAGACGAUCUGGGUCAUCUCGUGGAAGCCGGAGACCAGGUGUCGGAGUGAUCCGGGGUUGGGGUCGCGGAGGUAUUUCUAGAAAUCGAUCAAGUUUCGACAGAAAACGAAGCGUCAGCGGCCCGAAACGCGUUGAAUCCUUCCUCGGAGGUAGCGGUCCGCUGCGCAAGUAUGGUAACAACUCGGACAUUACGAAGCUUAUCGUGUCAAAUCUUGACUUCGGUGUUACCGAUUCGGAUAUACUCGAGCUAUUCAGUGAGUUUGGUCCGCUCAAGUCCGCGGGUGUACACUACGACAGAUCCGGAAGGUCCCUCGGCUCGGCUGACCUCAUUUUCGAAAGGCGAGCGGAUGCUAUCAAAGCGAUGACACAGUACAAUGGCGUUCCUCUAGACGGCCGCGAAAUGAACAUACAACUCGCGACUUCGGAAAUACCUGGAACGAAGUCAAUCUAUGAAAGUCGCAAGGUUUCCCGCCCAAGUGGUAGUUUUAAUUCACGAGGCACAAACCGCAACGGAGUUUUGCUUAGUGGUUUCCGUGGCCGGGGUGCCUCUGGAAAACGCGGCAUUAGAGGCAGCCGUCCCGCAAAGAAACAAUUGCCGACAGCCGAGGAGCUAGACGCAGAACUCGAGGAAUACGCAAAAAGCAAAAUUACGAAUUCGAAUGGCGCUUAAGUUGGGGUGUAACGGGUCCCCGUUGUAAAUAUUUUUUUAAUUUAAUUUUUUUUUCUUUUUUUUAAAGAAAAUUCUUACCACUGUUUUAAUUGCGUGUGUGGUUAAGUAAAUAUGUUAAAGCUUCUCAUAAUAUCGAAAGCUUCAUCGUUAGUGUAUAAAUCACUACAAUAAAUAGUUAAAGCAUGUGUAGAUUAUUUUGGAUAAAUAAAAUAAUAAGGU